AUGGGUUUGGUACAAUCACUUGUUUCAUGUCAGCCACCAACCUUUAAGAUUGUAAUGAUGGGAAUGUAUAUGGUAGGCAAAACAACCAUCUUGUAUAGAUUAAAAGAUAACAAGACUUCCUCUCUGAAAGAUACUCCCUAUACAAAUCCUUCACUUGGUUUUAAUGUUGAAACUAUAAAAGUAAACAAAUCACUUCAUUUGUAUAUAUGGGAUGUUUCUUCGUUGAGUGCAAUCACAAAAAUUAGAUAUCAAAUAUUUCCAGGAUGUAGAGGGAUUAUAUAUGUUUUGGAAUCAACAAUACUUGAAGAUUCAGAGAAACUGACAGAGACUAGAGAGGAUUUAUUAUCAAUUGUUAAAGAUGCUGAAUUGGAUGGACAACCAUUACUAAUUCUUGUAAACAAGAUGGAUAUGGAUAAAUCAUCCAACAUUAUUGAUCGUAUCACUACUUAUUUUAAUUUUAAUGAAAUGAUUAAAAAUGGAAGAGCAUGGUCAAUCUUUCCAAUUACAGCAACCACUGGACAAGGUCUAAAUGAAGCAAUUCAUUGGUUAGAUAAUCAAUUAACAAAUAGUAUAAAUGGAACUAAAUCAAAUCAUUAA